CGCCAGGUUGCCAUUGGCACAAAAGAAGAAGGACCAUGAGCGACGCAUCCAAGAGCGAGUCGAUGAGCGUCUCCGGCGUCCGGCCGCGUCCCGUCUGGAUCGCUGGAUGGCUCUACGAGCGCUACGGCCUCGGCUCGUACAAGGCGCGCUACUGCGUCUGCAAGGGCAGCGCGCUCCACACGUACAAGGACGAAGACGUUUUCAACGGCCAGCUCAAGCUCACGAUCGGCCUUUCGCUCAUCGAACCGUACGCUGACGAGCCGCACGCGUUCCGCAUCAAGGACGCGCGCGGCAAAGCCCGCAUCUUCAAGGCCCAGGACGCCGAAGACUGCACCCACUGGCUGGCGCGCCUCCGAACGGCGAUGCUCGAGGAGCCACCGGCGUCGCCGUCGUCGUCGUCGUCUCGGUCAUCGACGACGUCGUGGUCCAACGCCGCGACGCCAGGUGCCGAACCGGGGAGCGCGCGGCCCGCCAAGAUCGACCUCCUCGACUUUUCGCCGCCGCCCGAAACCUUUGUCGACGACACGCCACCGGCACAUCUACUGCCGCGCCGAACGAGCUCAGAGUCGCCACCUCGGCGCUGGACGUCGACGCUCAAGCAGCUCUUCAAGUCUACGACGACGUCGUCAUCGUCGUCGCCAACCGAGGUUGCAUCGGUGCCCAUCAUCACUUGGGGCAGCGCGGCCAACGGCGGCCUUGCGCGCCAGCUCGAGCGACUCAUGUACGAGUGGUACCGCGACUGGGACUCGGGGCGGCCCAUGAGCUCGUGGCGCAGUGUCAAGCCGCAGGUCUUUACGCUGCACAUCAACGGCGUGCACGUCGAGGACGAGCGACCGGUGCUCUUCUCCACAACGUUUCCAACUGGGUUUACAUGGGAAGUGUCGAGUCUCUUCUCGGCCGCGCCCAAGAUUGCAUUUGCGUGGCGCCACGCCGGCAAGUUCACCGGUCGCUUUGACAACCUCUCGGGCAACGGACGGGAGGUGGCGCUCCAGGGCUUUGCCGUCGCCCGCGUCGACGUGCACGUGCAACGAUUGCUCUGCCUCGAGCUCUUUUUUGAUCCUGCGCCGCUCGUCGCCAACGCCGGCGCUCCGUAGUCGCUUAGUAGCCCUUGCUGCUCGAAUAUAUAUGACAAUUUUGUUAUUCUCCGG